AACGAGAAAGUAGUUACGAGACGUGUUCGUUUGCGAUCGAGUACCCACUUAUUUCAUUAGUAUUUAGUAAUUUAUCGCUUAAUCAUUACGAUGAUUUGAAUAAACUUUGAUCUCUUGAGUUUAAAACAAAACGGUAAUUAUUACCGGUUGCUGAAAUUAUCUAUCGUUCUGUGUAUAUAUAUUAUAUAUGUAUUUAUAUAUAUUAUUUCAAAUGUCCGGGACACGAUAUUUCACAGAAAUCGUGUUCGUGCGGGGACUAAAUCUGGUUCGAAACAAGUGAAAUAACAAUUGGAAUUCAGUUAAUCAAUCCGCGACUACGAUGUCUAAUAUCAUAAUGAAUGACAAAUGGAGAACAUUGUAUCUGGCCCGAGCGCUGUAUGAUGCCGUCGAGGAUUGCAAUAUUCAGCAAGUCAAUAUUUUAUUAUCUCAGAACAAAGCCAAUCCCAAUGUUCUCAUACCAGAAGAAGGGAUGACACCAUUUCAUUUAGCUGCUGGGCAUGAAAACUUGGCAUUCGGAAAAGUAGCAACUUCAUUAAUUUUACAUAACGGUGGUGACCCUAAUGUACGUUGUGACGGAAAUCGCACAGUUCUGCAUAUAGCUGUUGCCUGGAAUCGUUCACAGGUUGUUGGAAUUUUGCUCAAAAGUCCCUACAUUAUUCCCAAUCCGUACAUGAAAGAUGAGGACAAUCUCAAUGUAUUUAAUUAUGCUGUGAAAUUUAGUGCUUGGGAAUCACUUGCAACUCUUCAAUCUUACAUGAAACAUUCAAACUACACGAGUAAUUUAAAAAAACAAGUUUCUAAUGCAAUGCAAUCAAAAUAUAUUAAAGAAAAACAUCAAAAUUCUAUAAAAGCAAAGAAUACUGAAACAUCCAUUGGUGCUGAAUCAACAAUUGAUAAAUCCGAUAGAUUACACACAAGCAGUGGAUAUCUUAAUAGUGGUGAAAGUUUAAAUAGUAUUUCUAAAUCAAUAACAUUUGAUUCAGUUAGUCAAAAAAACAAUAACAUUGAUGAGUGCAUAAUAUUAUCUUCAACAGCUUACUCUACUGGAGAUGUUUUAAACACAAAUGUUUCAUCAGAUUAUAAACUACCCAUUAAUGAUAUCCCAUCAAAACUUUAUUAUGAUGGAUCUAUAUUAAGUUCAAUCAAAUGUGUAACAGAUGAAUUUGAAAGUAUAGAAAACAUAAGCUUUCCAUCUAAUAAUUUACUAACUGACUCUGAAUUGUUUGAUCUUGACGAGAUUGAAUUGGGAACAAGAAAUAUUUUCAGCGAGAUAGAAAAUAUGUCUUUAAGUGACAGUGACUUGAUGUCAGAUAUAUCUGGACUAUCUAGUUGUUUGAGUUCCGAUGAUUUUUUUACAUGUCCCGAUACAAAUUCUGAACAACAAAUUCUUAAUGGUGAUACUUAUAAGACUGACACUCAAUUGGAAGAUAUUACAAAAAGCGUAUCAAUGACAAGUAUUUAUGACUCAAUGAGCAAUUCAAUUUCCAGAACUUCAGCUGCAAUAAACAAUCUAGAAGUUUCAAACAUUAUUACUUCUCUAGACGAGAGCAGUAGUAGUUUAACUGAAGUUUCAAAAGAUUAUGAUACAGAUUAUGUUCGUCAAAGUCUUAGGGAGUUUGGCCAUCCUCCAGGACCACUAGUACCCAGUACAAAACAAGUUUAUGUACGGCAACUUAACAGACUAUUACAUAGACAGACAGAACUAAAGGAUGAUGAUAAGCAUAUUAAUAAUUCAUCUGGUUCAUAUAGUAUUCAGUUGAAUAAAGUUCUAAUUGAUGAUAAAUAUAAUUCAUGGAAGAAAACCAUAAAAAGUUGGAGUUCUCUGGAGGAAAGGAUUGUUUGCACUGAGAGUGGUUCGUCAUUUACAUAUUUAUUAUUAGAUCCACGUAUAACAAACAAUUUACCCGCACGAGCUGAUCAGAUGAAUAAUCCCAUUGAAAUAUGGCAAACGUUUAUUAGAUCAAUAUUUUACAUUGGUAAAGGCACCAAAUCUAGACCCAAUGAUCAUAUGAAUGAAGCAUUUCAGUCUUGGGUCAUAAAUAAAAAUAAAGAUAAAAGUCGCAAAACGGAAUAUAUUUUGAGCUUAUGGAAGGAAAAAUUGGGUGUGGUUUGUGUACAAGCAUUCCAUCAUUUAGUGAUAAAAGAAGCACAUAUUCGAGAAGCGGCUAUGAUUGAUGCCAUUGGAUUGGACAAACUUACAAAUGAAAAGCGUGGUACAUAUUACAAUAACACAAUACGAUGGCUAAAUAGUGAUCGAUGUAAACUAGGCUGCCAUCUUCUAUACCGUGCCAUGCUUGUGUUUUUAGCUGACGGUGAACGUCAAUUGCGACCAGUUGAUUUGACUUAAUUGUUGACAUACUAUUUUUACUGUAGUAUAUUUUAAAAAAUGUUCUCAAAUAUUGACUAUGAUUUUAAAUCUAGCCUUUUCUCCCCUUAAUAUUAGUUAUAUAGAAAUCUAUAUUUCUGAAUUUUAUUAUAUUUUUAUUAAAUUAACAAUUGAUUUUGUGACAACUUAGUGUAUACAAAAAAAACAUAUAAUUUAAUCAAAUUAUAAUACUAUAUUUUUUUUAUUAUAAAACUAUAUUUUUGUAUUAUAAAUAUAUUUUUACUUAAAUACUUAA